GCCACCUAUCAGUGCUGCCAAUCCGUGUCACCUAUCAGUGCUGCCAAUCAGUGCCACCUAUCAGUGCCAGUCAGUACCACCUAUCAGUGCGCAUCAGUGCCGCCUAUCAAUGCCUGUCAAUGCUGCCUAUCAGUGCCGCCUAACAGUGCCAGUCAUCAGUGCUGCCUAUCAGUGCCAUAUAUGAGUGCUGCCUUUCAGUGCCCAUCAGUGAUGCCUGUCAAUGCCCAUCAGUGCCACCUAUUAGUGCCUCCUCAUCAGUGCCCAUCAGUGCCACCUAUCAGUGCCCAUCAGUGCAGCCUAUCA